AUGGGUACGGUAUUGUCCCUGUCUCCGGCGCCUGGCAAGGCCGGACCUCUGGAUGAUAAGAAGCCUGAGCCUCCUGGGGUAGGCGGCGGAUACCUAGCCAUCCCCAACAGCAAGAAUGGAGGCAGCAAGCCGGAGAAAAGCCUAAAGAGACAUUCAGUCUUGAUCUCUGCCCUCACCUGGAAGAGGCUGGUGGCGGCUUCAGCCAAGAAGAAGAACGCCAAGAAGAUCAACCCAAACCCAGGACCUAUCAAUGGGAUGCUGCUUCCCAACAACAACCCGGUGGAACAACUCAACCACGAGAACCUGCGCAAAUCCCAGGUGCCCGUGCCCACGGUGCCCCCCAGCUCCCUAGAGGGGCAAAAGAUCCAACAUCAGCAGCAACUGGUGGCCGUGCAGAAGACAGCCAGUGGCCGGUCCCUUUGCUCACCGCGCCGGGUCAUCGUCCAGGCGUCCACAGGUGAACUCCUUCGAUGCCUGGGGGAGUUUGUUUGUCGCCGGUGUUAUAAACUGAAAGAGCUCAACCCCGGGGAGCCCACAAUGUGGUUUCGUAAUGUAGACCGCUCCUUGCUGCUGCAGGGUUGGCAAGACCAAGGCUUCAUCACGCCUGCCAACCUGGUGUUUGUCUACCUGCUCUGCCGAGAGGCCAUUGGCGAUGAACUGUCUAGUGAGUAUGAGCUCCAAGCCUGCUUCCUCACCUGCCUGUACUUGGCUUAUUCCUACAUGGGCAAUGAGAUCUCCUACCCCCUGAAGCCCUUCCUAGUGGAGAACGACAAGGAGGUCUUCUGGCAACGCUGUCUGAGCAUCAUUGACCGUAUGAGUGCCAAAAUGCUGCAGAUCAACUCCGACCCUCACUAUUUCACACAGGUCUUCCAGGAUCUGAAGAACGAAGGCGAGUCUAGAGAACCCAGUGGCCACUGGACUAUAAAUUUGGACCGUUAG